AGUGGAGCCGCGCCCGCCGAGCAGGGGGUGCGCCGCGUCUGUCACCGGCGCGACGACAGUGCCGCAAAGGGCGAUAGGGGACUGUGUGGCUGGAGUGGCUGUACUGAGGGCGGCGCUGAGUGCGGGGACGAGGAACUGAGUGCCGGCGAGGCAGCGACGGACCCGACGGAGCAUCUCCCCGCGAGUGGACACUGUCACGACGACGAUGCCGGCCGGUCCGCUGCCCUAGCGACGUCAGCGCGUCAUGAGUGCGCCCGAGGCCGCCCAGAGCGGCCCUGUCGGCGCCGACAGCUCGGAGAGCGGCCCGCGGACAGCGUCCCCGCCGGCGGAGGAGCGGGUCGCCGGGCCGGCCGAGCGCGAUGAGCCCGCCGCGCCGACCCCGUUCACCGGUCGGAUCGUCCACAACCGGGACGGCUCGCUGGUCCUCGUCGCCGCCGACGUACCAUGGGUGUCGGAACCAGACAGUAUCGUCGACGACGGCAGCAGUCGAGCGCCGAGCGCGGGCACCCCUCCGCCGAUCCGGUCCGUGCUGUUCAUCCGGCGACGGCGGCCGGCGCGCGACGGCCGGACGGAAGCCGGGGCUCCUCCGGGGCUGAUAGUGGACCGAUACAGAGUGUGGGACGCGGACGGCGGCGGUGGCGGCGCGGACGCGGCGUGCGCGGCCGACAGCGCGCCGGAAGUGAGCUCGAGUGCGCCCGGACGGACCCACAUCACGUGCUGUGUGUGUCGGCUGUGUUUCGGCGCGGCUACGGCGUUCGCGGCGCAUUGUGUGAGUGCGCACGGCGUGGCGCUAGACGGCGCUCGGCUCCAGUUCCUCGGACGGCCGGACGCGGCGGCUGUGCUGGUAGCGGCCGGUGCGGAGCGGAGUCCGGCCGUAUCUCUGCUCCGCUUCAGCCCGUGUCCGUCUGACGGGGCGGCGGACGGUGCAGAGCCGUCGGCCACCGCCGAGCGAGGAAAAGGUAGUGAAUGUGACAUGCGAUCCCGUCACCAGGACGGUCCCAGUGACGCUGCCGGGGUCGACGCGUCGGUCGGCUCGUCGGGAGACGGUGCAGACGCUGCCGCAGUCGAGGAGGGCGCGGAGUCCUCUGACGCGGUCACGUCGUCGGUGACAGUGUCGGACGCCGCGCCGUCCCAGUCUGACGUCGCUCGACCUCUGGCAGCCAGCUCUCCGGCAGCCAGCUCCACUCUGAAGACGCUAAAGUGUCCGCGCUGCAACUGGAACUUCAAGUACCGCGAUACAUUGGAGGCUCAUUUGCAGGAGAAACACCCCGACAGCGGCAGCGCGUGCGGCUUCUGCCUCUCGGGUCAGCCGCACCCGCGGCUCUCGCGGGGAGAAGUGCACGACUGUGGAUACAAACCCUACCGGUGCGACGUCUGUCACUACGCCACCACCACCAAGGGCAACCUCAGCAUCCACAUGCAGUCGGACAAACACCUGAACAAUGUACAGGAGCGACAUCGAGUGAUGCACGGUCUUGGUACCAUCCCGGGGCACAAAACAAAGGAGGGUGACGUGGACCUGCCUUCGAGAGGGCUCAAAGAGGAACGUGAUGAAGCAGACGAAAAGUCGAACCUCAGGAGCGCAGUCGAGGCGAACUUUGUGCAGGCCAGGCUAAGGAUGUUGUCUGAUGCAGCCGCGAUUCGUGCUAUGGGUGAUGUAGGGACGACUCUGGCGGACAGGAUCGCCAUGUGGUUCGCUAAGCAGUCGAGUAUAUCGAACCAAGAUGGAAAGUCCAACUGCUCAGUGACGCAGGGUAGGACCUCGGCUGAUGAAGCGCCCAGUCCUCAUGAGCAUUUGAACCCCCGGAACAUUUUCACGUGCUGCACAUGCACCGUAUUCUCGACCGACUCUCUGGAGGAGCUGGAGCAGCACAUGCGGCGUGAGCGGGGCAGUGCGCGCGGCGGCGACUUCACCGUUGCCGAGGCCGGUCUUCAGCUGUGCCUGCUGUGUUCGUACCGUACGCACCUGCGCGCCAACUUCCUGCUCCACUGCCAGUCGGACAAGCACGUGCAGAAGCAGCAUCACCUGCUGCACAUCCUGGAGGGUGGUGCGGGAAACCUGUGGCAGCUGACCUACCUGCACGCCGGUGGUCCUGCGACCAUCCGCUGCAACCUGUGCGAGGUGUCGGCUGGUGUCGGUGUCCAGCUGCGCGUGCACGCGGCGGAGGGGCGUCACCAGGCCAACUGCGCGCUCUGGGCGCACCUCCGUUCUGAGGGGCGUCAGGUGCCCGCCGUUCGGAGACGCUACGCAUGCACACUGUGCGGGUACAGCACGCGCCACAUAGUUCUGCUGCUGCGGCACGCUGCCAGCCUGUCGCACCUCGGCAUGGAGCGACGGCGGCUGGCUGGCGGCCUCGAACAGAGCGGCCUCUGCUUCUCCGUCCGUGAUGCUGGAUCAGAUGCAGAUGCUGACCCAGACGAAAUGUUGGAGUCCACUAAAGGUCAGUCGGAGCUUCGACAGAUGGACGGUCUUGGACUGCAGACCAACGGUGACGCCGGAUCCCAUUUCGACGGGCCUGACCUGGACAUCGCUCGGCUGCGUCAGCUGGACCCGGACAUCGCGGAUGACCAGCCUCAGGUUACGUGCAACGGACUGGGAAAGGUCAAACAAGAGCCGGGCACACCUCACGAGCACCAUCGUAGUAAGUUGAAAGACCAUUGUGACGCGGAGAAAACUGUCGGUGAAAGGGAAUGUAAUAAGGUACAUCAGGAACCGAAAAGCGGCUCAGUCACAACAAAAAGCGACAAAGUAGCCGGGGCUCCUCUAAUCCAAAGCAUUAAGUCUGAAAACACAGAUAAAACUGGGGAUGAAGCUGCCGACCAGAAUGAUAACAUUAGCUCGGCCGAAGACACCAGUCGACCCUACAAGUGUCACGCGUGCAACGUCUCCUACGGCCACCCGCAGAUUCUCAGCAUUCAUCUUCAGUCGGCCUUGCAUCAAGCACGCGUCUCUGGGGUGAGCUCGCGAACCUCUGAGACUGAGACGCAUCAUCAGAUCAGGUCAACGCGAGACUUUGAGUCGUUGCUAGGCACGAUCAAACAAAAAGCUGAUGUAGUGAAUGGGGGUCAUACGACGAGUGUCGUUUCGAAAGCUGAUGACUUGAGAAGCACGCCAGUGGGUGUGCCAUUAGGCAAGAAUAGCGAGGUAACGAUUGUGGCUGUCAGGAAGGCGGUCGGUGAUCACAACCGGACUGUGAAGCCAGACGAGAAGGGCAAUGACGUCGACCGCUCUGUUUCACAAUCAAAGUACGUCAUCAGUGUCAGCAAACCUUCUCCGAUCGGGCGAGAAGCAUUGGCGAUAAAAGAUCGGCUGCUUGAGUCGUACGGACUUGAGCUAGCCAUGCACCACUGUGAAGUACGUCGGAAAAGACGAAAAAUGGAUGAUGCAUCAGGAAAUGAUGGGCCUGAGAAAAAGAUGAGGCAUAAGUCAGCACCGGAGACCUCAAGCGCUGGUUCUUAUGUGUGUCCUCUUUGUCAGAAAUGCUUCUCGGGUUUGUGGAUCUUCAAGCUGCAUGUUGAAGAAAUUCAUCACAAGUACGUGCCCAGAGAGUUGCUCGAGGAACACAUAGAGGCGUUAUCGAUAGAGCUACACAAAAGGCACAAACGGAACCCAAAAACUGUUCGCAAUGAGUCUGAGUCCGCACCUGUUGAACCUGAUCGCAUGUCUCAAUCUGGACGCCAGGCGUCUAGUCGGGAAUCGUCUCACGCAACCCCCGUUGCAAGCAGGGACGACAAGGCGAGAACAUCAUCAAACGCGGAGAAGAGUCGUGCCUCUUCGCCGCCUCCAGAGGUGCCUCAGCCUCCGAUGCCGGACCUUCAAACGGCUCUCAGUCUGAUCCAGGCAGCCCACAUCCGCUACCAGAUGCAGCAGUUGAACCCGCUGCUCGCCUCCCAGAUGGCAGCGCUCGGCUCUCCGCUGUCGGCGUUCGGGCUCGGUGACGCUAGCGCACAGUCCCAGCAGCUGAUGUCGCUGAUGGCCGCGCAGCAGCUGCUGAACCCGAGCGUUCUGUGGGCAGCGCAGGCGCAAGCCAUGGCACAGCAGCAGCAGCAGCAGCAGCAGGCUCAGGUGCAGGCGCCGUCUUCUGUCGAGUCAAAGACAGCGGACGGCAAGCGGCCGGCUGACUCCUCGAUCCCGGCGGGCAGCGAUGAAAAGCGAGCUCGUACGCGCAUCAGCGGACACCAGCUGAAGAUGCUACGAGCGCAUUUCGACGUGGAACGAACGCCAUCAGACGAGACCAUCCGGGAACUGGGGGAACAGUGUGGUUUGGCCCCCAAGGUGGUGAAGCACUGGUUCCGGAAUACGCUGUUCAAGGAACGGCAGAGGGAUAAGGAUUCGCCGUACAAUUUCAGUGUGCCUCCUGGAGCGCCGCUUGAACUAUCACGACAGGGUCUGCCCGAUCUGUCAAUGCUUCAAGCUGACCUUUUGCGAAGAAACUCGGCCUUGAUGAGCAUGGUUGAUGGUAGCGGUAGAGAAAGUAGACCAGAGAAGGAUGACACGAGAGAAGACCCACAACAUGUGGUACCAAAGACAACCGAACCUGAUGACACCGUAGCAGUCGAUCUGUCGAACCGAACACCAUACCGGCCUCACCAACCAUCACUGAUCGGCGACUUGAACCACAGCCACACCUCGUCUCUGCCGGGUUCCUCUUCACCGCCGCCGGCGCACAACGGCGGUCGGCCUCCCGGUGCGAGACCAAUGAGCGCGUUCCCGACUGGCUCCGGCUGGGGCGCGCCGGUGACGAGGGAGUUCGGAGAGCUGUCCAUCACACUGCCGAGCCGCUCACCGUUCCAGCAGUCCCCGUCACCAGGCAGCAGCUCGUCCAAUGCGUACGGUUCCCCGAUGUGGUCCGAAAUCAGUCCACCCGAGGGACAGAAGUGCAGCAGCAGGCGCGCUAACCGGACUCGCUUCACAGAUCAGCAAGUGAAGGUGCUGCAGGACUUCUUCGAGAAGAACGCCUACCCGAAGGAGGAGGAUUUGCGUCACCUCUCGAAAGUGCUCAACCUAGGACCGCGCGUAAUCGUCGUCUGGUUCCAGAACGCGCGACAGAAGGUGCGCAAGGUGUUCGAGAACCAGCCACCGCCACCUGAGCGAGAGGAGAAGUCGAGUCGCUUCCAGCGAACUGCCGAGCUCAACUACCAGUGUAACCGGUGUAAGGUGGUCUACCAGCGCUACCAGGAGCUGAUCCGACACCAGCGGCAGCAAUGCUAUAGGGAAGAGUCCGCCCGACAACGCGGCAAGUCCCAAGAGCCGCGCUCUGAGGUCGGCGCGGGAGCAGCCCCCGCUCUGGAGGUCAAACCCACUCCGGAGGACAACACCUACAAGUGCGGCAAGUGUCCCCAGGAGUUUGACCGUUUCGACCGGUGGCGGGAGCACCAGGUGGUGCACGUGAUGAACCCGAGCGUGGUGCCGAGCUCUCGCCAGAACCAGCGUUCGGGCAGCCCGGCCGGCUCUCCGUCGGCGCGGCCCUCUCACUCAGCCGAGGAGGCGUCUGACGAGGAGACGGACGACACUACCGGCUGGGACCGUCACUCGCAGGACCGCCGUCUGCGCACCUCCAUCAACCCGGAGCAGCUGCAGGUCCUCCAGCGCACCUACAAGCUGAACUCAACGCCGAGCAGGGAGACCCUGGAAAUGGUCGCUCGCGGUACGGGGCUGAAGAAGCGCGUGGUGCAGGUUUGGUUCCAGAACGCUCGGGCACGAGAACGCAAGAGUCAGGCUGUCAGACAGUUGCCGGUGCCGGUUACGUUCUCAGGCCCGACGGAGACGGUGGUGAAGACCAAGGUGACCGAGCCGAAGCUGGGACCAGAGGUGUCUGUGGAGCUGGUGAAAACGUACUCCAAGAUGCUUCCCAGUGCCGUGGCCUCCCGGCAGAGCGACGUCCGUGACGUGGAUUCGUCUUUUGCUGGAUUCAGCGCCCUCAGACAUCCUGUGCUGGAGGCGCGGCUACAAGCGGCUCCCUCGCAGGUCCCUGACGCGCCGCUGGAUCUCAGCAAGUCACAAACGCCGUCACAUCCAGCCGCGAGCAGCCUCGCAGCCAUCAAACCCGCUCAUCGCAUGGUUCCUCCAGCCGUCCGCCGCGACAUUCCUCAGCUGAACGCGCUGCCCCUGAUGCCACCUCGGGAGGGUCUGCCGUGGCAGAGCCGGCCCGCGGCUGACCUCUCCAGCUCCGUGGCGCCGCCGCCGAAUCCGUCCACCGCGGCGGCGGCUGCCGCUGGCGCUGCCGGCGCGGCCCGGUCGCCGUUCGCGGUGGCCAACAAGCGGUUCCGAACACAGAUGUCGCCGGGCCAGGUGAGCGUGCUUCGCAGCGUGUUCGCCGCCUACCGGAUGCCGACGAUGGCCGAGUGCGCGCGGCUAGGAGCCGAGAUCGGACUAGCCAAACGCGUCGUCCAGGUGUGGUUCCAGAACUCGCGGGCCAAGGAGAAGAAGCGCCAGCUGCAGAGCGGCCGGCCGCCAACACCGCCGCCGCAGGGCUGUGACCUCUGCCACGUCACCUACGGCGUAAAGUGCUCCCUGCAGGAGCACCUGCUGAGCCGAGCGCACAUCGAGCGGGUGCAGCGUGAGGCGGAGAGGGCGCGUGCCGCGCCGGCCGGAGCCGCGGCCUCCUCCAGCUGCGCGCCGGCUGUACCGCGCAGCUCGGCAGUAGCAGCUGCAGCGUCCGCCGUCCGCCCGGGAUCGACCCAGCCUGUCAAAGAAUCGGCCGACAGCGGAGCGGACGCGGCGCCCCACCCCUCUGCCGGGCCAGCGAUACAGAGGGCGCCACAGGCUGGCAGCGCAGCGCUCCGUUCCGCACUGCUGUCUGUAGGUGGCGCUGGCGAACCACCGGGCGCUAGUAUAGAUGACGCCACUCGCGAGCCGGCUGUCCGUCCGCCUUCUGGAGUGGCGCCGAUGGCGACAUCUGUCGGCUGAAAGCGGCCCUCGAGAGGAGCCGCAGGGGAACCAAACCACAAUGUGAUCUCGUGUUAUGCGCCGGAUGGAUUUGUCGUGCUGAAGGACCAGACACCUGUGAACAAACGCUGCCGACUCCGGCCGGCGGGCUCCGUGUGACGUGAACGGAAACUGCGAGUUAGGAGAUCCCUGAAAUCGGGAGUGCAUUAUGUCAUCUUGUCGUUACUGAUGUUCCUACUGUGUGCACUGGUGGGUGGCACGUGCCGUUUGCGAGUGGGGGGUCUUAGUGUGUGUAUGGGGUGCUGUAGGUACAGAUGGCUUGUACCCCUUCCCCACGGUAAACCUGUGAUGCAUUAACACUGCUGUUGGGACUGGGAUUGUCGAACGGGGUCUGCGAGCGAGCCAGCAGUGUCAAACGGUGUUAUACGGACGACGGAUGGCAAGUGACGCGCGCGGAAAUAACUAAUCUACUUCAGAGUUCCUGAGCUGUGUGCCUUGACAAUCCUCGCAUUUUACCGUAGACACCGUUUGUAGACCGCCCCCGGGCCGGCUGUCACGUGACGGCCUGUGACGUCACGGGUCGUGCCGCGCCUCCGUUGGACAUUCCUGCAGCCACUAACACGUGUUCCUACCGCCUCUCCAGCUCGGCGCCGUGCUCCCCGAGCCGCCAGCGCACGUGCCAUCCGACCCGACACCGCCACGUGCCCACGUGUCACCACGUGCCGAGACCCGUGGCGGCUCACGGAAGCCCAGAAAAUCCACAUUCAUUGUCGUUCUCCGCUAGGAAUUUCUAUGAGGUGCUUUUUGUCGCAAAGAUAACGCGAGCUUGGUGUUAUAUUGGUGCGAUCUUGACGCGUUUUCGGCAGAUGCGGGAUCAGUUGUACCGUGUCUAAAUGAGCUUGUUACCUGGUUUGAAGGAGGGAGCAGUGACGUGUUAUACGUCACACGUGAUACGGUGUCCAGUGUGUCAGCUGUGUGUACCGGUGUGUAUGAGUUUCGUUAUGGCGUGUCGUCCAAGGGCAGAGAGCGGCCCAAAGGGCGGCGAGUCAGGGCGAGUGCCGCCGCUGACCGUCUUUACGUUGUGUGAUGUCCACUUCAGUUGUUUGUUGGCACGUGACAACAUAAUCAACACAUCCCGAGACCGGCAAAUACAGAUCGUGACAG